ACCGCAACAUGGCGGCCUGAGGCGGGGGCGCCGCUCCGCUGCUUCUCCGCAGGACAGGCAGGCCGCGGCUCGCCCUCACCAUGCAGUACUCCCACCACUGCGAGCACCUCCUGGAGCGGCUGAACAAGCAGCGCGAGGCCGGCUUCCUCUGCGACUGCACCGUGGUGAUCGGGGAGUGCCAGUUCAAGGCGCACCGCAACGUGCUCGCCUCCUUCAGCGAGUUCUUCGGCGCCUUCUACAGGGACGCGACCGACAGCACCGUCGUUUUGGAUCAGACUCAAGUGAAGGCCGAUGGGUUCCAAAAGCUCCUGGAAUUUAUUUACACGGGAAACUUAAACCUUGACAGCUGGAACGUGAAAGAAAUUCACCAGGCUGCCGACUAUCUCAAAGUAGAAGAAGUGGUCACCAAAUGCAAAAUAAAGAUGGAAGACUUUGCGUUUAUUGCUAAUCCCUCUUCUACAGAGACAUCUAGCAUCACUGGAAACGUUGAGAUGAACCAGCAGACCUGCCUCCUGACCCUGCGGGAUUACAAUGAUCGGGAGAAGGCAGAUAUUCCUCCUGCAGAGUUGGUUCAGCCUCAAGCAAAGAAAUCGGCUUUAGAAAAGAAAUCCGCUCAAACCAAAAAGCGGAAAAAGAAUUUCAGCUCCCCAAAAAGCGUACAGAAUAAAUCAAUACAAUACCAGAAUGAUGUGACUGAGAACACAUCCAUUGAAAUGUUCCUGGAUGCAAAUAAGCUGGCAGCACAGAUAACAGAGCAGGCUGCCCAGGGCGGCGAUAGCUCUGAACUGCAGUUGGCAGCUGUGGUGGAAAGUGAAACGUUGGCAGCACAGGAUAUUUUAGUUCAGACUAUUGCAGCAAAACAAAAACGGGGAAAGCCUCAGCAAAGCUGUGCUCUGAAGGAGCACUGCAUGUCUAACAUAGCCAGCGAGAAGAACGCUUACCAGCUGGAAAGUUCAGGAGAAGAGCUUGACCAGAAGUACUCCAAAGCAAAACCAGUGUGCAACACGUGUGGAAAAGUCUUCUCAGAAGCCAGUAGCCUCCGUCGCCACAUGAGGAUACACAAAGGAGUGAAACCAUAUGUGUGCCAGCUUUGUGGGAAGGCGUUCACGCAGUGCAAUCAGCUGAAAACACAUGUAAGAACUCACACAGGAGAGAAGCCAUACAAAUGUGAGCUGUGUGACAAAGGCUUUGCCCAGAAGUGCCAGUUGGUGUUCCACAGUCGGAUGCAUCACGGAGAAGAGAAACCGUACAAAUGCGAUGUGUGCAAUCUGCAGUUUGCAACUUCAAGCAAUCUGAAGAUUCACGCCAGGAAGCACAGUGGUGAGAAGCCCUACGUGUGCGAUCGCUGCGGUCAGCGGUUUGCUCAGGCCAGCACGCUCACCUACCACGUGCGUCGCCACACCGGGGAGAAGCCUUACGUGUGCGACACCUGUGGAAAAGCCUUUGCUGUCUCCAGUUCUCUCAUCACCCAUUCCCGAAAACAUACAGGAGAGAAGCCAUAUAUCUGUGGCAUUUGUGGAAAGAGUUUUAUUUCCUCUGGAGAACUCAAUAAACAUUUUCGGUCCCAUACAGGUGAAAGACCAUUCAUUUGUGAACUGUGUGGAAAUUCUUACACAGAUAUAAAAAACCUUAAGAAGCACAAAACAAAAGUUCACACAGGAUCUGAAACUCCCCCUGAUUGCAACACACUUGAUAAUUCUUUCAAUGAACAAGAAUCCCUUCAGAGUCAGAAGAGUCCUUUAUCAGAGUCUGUAGAUGUGAAACCCUCGGAGAUGUCUUUACCGCUUCCUCUUCCCAUUGGUACCGAAGACCAUCAGAUGCUUCUUCCAGUGGCAGGUAGUCAGUCCCCAUCAUCAGAAACAUUACUGAGAUCUGCUGUGACUGGAUAUUCAGAACCUCAGUUUAUUUUCUUGCAGCAAUUAUACUGACGCUGCAGAGCCAACCAGGUCAUCCAGCAGUGAACUCACAUACCUUUGGUAAAGAUGAACGUAAUCAAUCAAGCAGUCACUUUCUGAAUUUUUCUUGUUUUUUUUCCCCUCUCUCUGUAAAGACAGUUGUAAGGCGUUUCCAUUGUACCGUGCUGUCUUUUUUUUGUUAGUGUUGUUGUUGAAUUGUGCUAAUCUGCAAUCAACCUUCUGUUUGCAAUUAACACUUAUUUCCAAGAGAUACAUGAUGUGCAGCAAUGCCCGCCUUAAGGAUUCUCUGUUAAAUACUCUAAUGCAUUUUGGAGAUCUCCUGCUAUGUUCCUGGUGAGCUGGUGUAUGACAGUAUCACCUGAGCACUGGAGCAGGCAGCCAGGGGAGGUUGCUGGAGUCUCCUUGCUUGGAGAUCUUCAAAAGCUGCCAGGAUGUGGUCCCAGGCAACCUGCUUUAGGUGGCCCUGCUUGAGCAGGAGACCAUACCGGACCUCCAGAGGUUCCUUCCAGCCUCAGUCCCUCUGUGAGUUGAGGACAAUUUAAGACAUUUUUGGUAGUUUAAAAGUGUCAGUCCAGAGUUGUGUUUUUUUGUUGUUUUUUUUAAAGGAGAAAGUCAUAAUUGGAAUGUGCUAAAAAGCUUGUACUUCUGCACCCUGAGGUCACGUAAUGGUAUGUGAUGGCAGGUAGGCCAGUGCUCAAGGUCCUCUCAAAGAAUUACUGCUGUCUGUGAGAAGCAGUCCAUCUUCAGCUGACCAGAGGGAAAGAAAGCUUUGUGUUUAGGUCCCUGAUGGGGCAGGUAAAGGAGAGUUUCUUUCUCAUGGUAACCCAGAGAGUUCUGACAGCAUAGAUACUACUGUGUAUUCUUUCCACCAAGUCACUCGUUUUUAAAGUGAAUCUAGUGUUGUAACUUGUCCAAGAUGUGUUUUUUUCAUAUGUCUCAAAUGUCCUGGAUUUGGCACAAGCAGCAGCAUUUGCUCACCAGAAGAGGUAGAACAAUGUUGUAGAUGAGGUAAAAACAUGCAUUGACUGAACUGUGAUGUGUGAACCAUAGCUUUGUGAUAAUCAUUUCUGUGCUUCUAGUGGUGCUAGACAGUAGGUACAAAAUAAGGAACAAAUGCUGCCCUUCACUGUGAAAAUACUAAAUGACUGCUACAUGAGGGGGCACUGAGGAAGAACACAACAGAGCAGAUCAAUAUUAUUCCAGGCAGGGAUUUGUUUCAACUGAAGUAUUUAUGUAUUAAUUUACCUUUCAUGUUGCAUAGCCACAGUAACUGCACAUAACUGGUAUCUAGCAAGACUUUUGCAAAGGUAUGUUUUACUAUUAGCAAUUUAGAUUUUUUUUUUUUUAAACAAAACAUUUUUAGGCUCUCUGUAGGAUCAUUAAAGACUGGUUGAGUAGGAGUACUUUUUUUUAAUGCUCCAUUUUACCAGUUUGUGCCAUUAACGUGAUACAAGCAUUACCUAAGUCAUCAUCAAAUAGUAAGGAAACAGUCUUAGACUGUACCGUCAAUACAUUUAAAUGUAUAAUUUGUUGUUAUUUCCUUGGUGCUAGCAUUUUAUUCCCACUGAUGCCUUGUGUCCAGAUAUUGAUAAAUAGGAGGGCAUAGGAGAUACCUCUUCACUAACUGUGUUCUACAUGGAGUAGAAAUUAAUCUGCACCUUAAUUAAACAGCCUUGUGAAAAAGUUCUUGGAGGAUUUCAUUUAAAUAUUCUACAAAUGGUCCUUUGACUCCUGAGCAUGAUUAUAGAUUUUUUUUUCCACAUUUGUAUUCGUGAAGUAACAGAUCUUUCCUUUCUUUGUGUACAGGGCAUGGUCAGAACUCUGAUUCUUGAUCAUAUUUAAACUCAUAAUAUACAGCCAAUUUAAUGAUAAAAUCUACCACAGGCAGCAUGGAGUGGCCCAGAAACAGUUGAAUGCAGGCAUUUGUCACUUUGUUUACUAAUUGUUGCCAUACUUCUUGAUGUUUAAUUUGUUUGCUUAUCCAUACUGCACCACUGACGUACAGCUGCUGCCCUUCAUAAGGCUGGCACAGGGCAACAGAUGAAGUUCUCAGAUUUUGUUUGGCAUUUCCCCACUACUGCUCCUCCUAUGUUUUUUUUUUCUUCCACGUCUCUGUUGUUGAUGUAGGAGCUGAAGGAUUCUGUAGCUAAUUAGCUUUCAAGAACCACAAAGAUCAGAAUCCUGACUUCAUUUAACAAAAGUGAACACUUUGUGUACCUUGUUCUAAGAUUCCUCUUUACUUUCUGAAAGUAAAGGAGGAGUCUUGGGAUAGACACAGACUUAGCCAUGAGUAUUGAUAAAGUGCAACACUGUAUGAUUGAUAAGUUUCAUGUUUAACCAACUCUGGAAGAUAAACUAAUGAUACGCUAUGGUUAUCUGAGGAUUAAUGUAAAAUUCAGAAUAAAAGACAAGAGCUAUUUUGCUCUAGGAAGAAGUAACUACAUUCCUACUUAGAAAAUGCAUUCCAUAACAGUGUUUGUUUGGACUGUUUUUAUAUUUCUAAAAUAAUAGCUUAUUGCUGUAUUCUUAGAUUUUCAGACUUUUUAAAACAGUACUUAGAUUUAUACAGGAUUUGUUUAGAUACUUAUAUCAGUACCACUUGCUUUCGUAGUCAUUUAGUUUUCUUUAUAGACAAGAAGAUAAUCAUUAUUUUUUACAAGACAGCACUUUUAACCUUCUUAGUAGAAUACACAGGCUCGUAAUUUUGACUUGGAGCAAUAAUUUAGUGAACUGCACUCUUCAGUCCUCAUCUGAGAAUCUUAAUUCUUACCCUCAUCUUUUGUGAAGAUAUCUCAGCUGCUGAGGUAUGAUCUCUAUCAACUGUAUUCAUUUAAUAGAAUAUAGAUUUUAAAUAUAUAUAGAAAGAGAUAUAUAUUAAAAUUGUAGGAGUGUUCAGGCUGGGUGCUAUAGGGCCCGAAGAAGCAGGUCUGUACAGUACCUUGUACCAAUAGAUGCAUGGAAAUCAGCUGCACAUUAAUUCUUAGGCUUAAUGAGUUCAUUUUGGAGGUACAUGGUGUAUAACAAUAUUGGUAACUUCUUUAAGAGACGAAUAGGGGAAAAUGUGGAAUUUUUGUAGGGAGUCUUUUCAUCCUUGAGACCUGCCUGCAAAAUAAAAAGAGAAUUUUAAUCCAUUAUUGGUAAUUUAGAGAAAAUGACUUAAUUUAUCUCAGAAACAUCAUUGUUUCAGUAGUAUUUCAGUUCUACCUGAAUAGAUUAUUUGCAACUAUACAUUUCUGAAUUGGCUGUUUCAAAUACUUAUGUUAGAAUAACUCCUUGUAUGGCAUUUAUCUGAAUUUGUGCCUAUCCGUAGGCACAAAGUACAAAAGCUUUCUUGAAACAUAUGGUCUAAGAAAAGUUGUCAAGUAUGGAUGAGUCCUUCAUCAAGGAUUUCAGGGCUGUGACUUUGGAGAGGAUAUUGAUAAGCCUUGCAGCAGAAUUAUGAGUAAUGACUGAUUUUUGGUUAAAUUAUUUUUGAAGUAUCUUUCAUGUAUAUACAGCAUUUCCUCUGUUAUUUGUAUAUAGCUCAACUCUCGAUUUUAUAAUCUCCUGGGCAGGGAGUUGUACAUAUUUAGCCUGAAGUGUUUUAUGUUAGACUUUAAUAAACUUGUUUUGUAUUUUUCCCCUCA